GAGUAACAAACAUCCAUACAAACGUAAGAUUGAAAUUAAAAGCAUUGAAAUAAAAACGCGCAGGCACAAAUAUGGCUUGCGACUGUGAUUACGUGUUGGGAAAACACGAUGUUACUGAAGAGCAUUACAGCAAUUGUAGCUCGUUGCUCAAUGGACGGGAGAGCAAAAGGAACGCCGAUGGCACCCUAAAUUUGCCGAACAAAAACCUGUCGAAGAUGGAUGUUGAUUUCCUGUACCAUUUGUCGAUCGACACUGCGAAUUUCGACUUGCCCGCCAUGUUUGGAGAUGUGAAGUUCGUCGUCAUGGGAGGUACGAAGCAUCGGAUGAGAGAGUUUGCGUGCUACAUAGCAACCAUCCUAGGAUUGCCUCAAGACUCGAAACCGGUGAACUUAACCAAAGCCUCGCAGAGAUACGCCAUGUACAAAGUGGGUCCGGUACUGUCGGUUAACCAUGGCAUCGGCAAUCCCUCGAUGACGACAGUCCUCCAGGAAGUGAUAAAGCUGAUGUACUACGCGAAGGCUAAGGACCCUAUGUUCAUAAGACUGGGCACGAGUGGUGGGCUCGGUAUACCGCCAGGUUCCGUUGUCAUCUCAACCUUCGGCCUCAGUGGCACAUUGGAGAAGUCAUUUGAAUUGACAGUGUUGGGUGUUAAGCGAACAUGGCCGUCGUACUUGGACAAGAGACUGUCCGAAGAACUCGUUACUGCUGCGUCGGAGUUUAAGGAGUUCAAAACUUACGCGGCGGCUUCAAUGGGAGCAAACGACUUCUAUCUAGGUCAGGGUCGCCUCGACGGGCCUCUGUGCGACUACAGUGAGGCAGACAAGAUGGAAUAUUUGAACAAGUUGACGUCACUGGGCGUGAGAAACAUUGAGAUGGAAGUGAUGGCAUUCGCAGCUAUCACAAGCGAAGCGGGGGUGCGCGCGGGUAUUGCUUGCGUCACUUUCGUGGACAGGUUGAAAGGCGAUCAGGUUACAAUUCCCAAGGCGGUACUCAACGAGUGGCAGAAGCAUCCGAUGUUCAUCGUGGGAGCGUUCAUAAAGAAAUAUGUCGAAAAUCGGAACAAACAUUAAUAUAGGUAGUUCAAU